AUGGACGCAGAUGAGGGCCAAGCUGCUGCAUCGUUUCCUUCACAAUCGCUGCUGAAGUCUCUCACUCACCUGACUCGAGAAUCUGCUGAUCUGUCGCAAAAUGAGCAAAAGAUCACAAAAGCUGUUACAAGCUCAUACGCUGAGACUCUGAAUGACGUCUCGGGUAGAUUACUGGGACUCUGUAACGAUCUAAUCGGGCUGGCAUCAACUACGCAAACUUCUGCUGGUCUGGCUGUAAAGAGACCUCACCGGGUCGCUUUCGACGAUAUUGAAGAUGCGCUGGACGGCUUCACUAAAGUAGAAGAUGUCAUUGACAACUUGUUGGAAUUGGCUAAUACAAACUUGGACGAAGCGACUGGCAGAUCUAGCGAGUACGCACCAAAUAAACUACCAAACAGUCCCGCAGGCUACGAAGGCUCAAAGGGAACCUUCCGUGGCCGAAAAUCACGUCAAACAGGCUCCUUAAAAUGGAAUAAUGGUGGUAAUAAAAGCGUCAACUCGAAACCACAACUCAAGUUUGAAGAUCGUAUCGAUAACUCGAAUGAUACACCGUGGCCUUGGCCUUCAAAGCUGAUUGAGAAACCUAAUGCUCUGAAACCGUGGGCUCCGCUAGCUGGAAUAAAUCAAGAAGGAAUCAUGUCAGCUGCUAUGGCUGAGCAUGUCAAGUCGUUGGGUGUUGGAACUGGACCGACAAUACAUCCAUACGAAUACGAGAUACAAAAUAUCGACUAUCCUGAUUGGAUGUUUGAUAACAAACCUGAAAAGAUUUGGACGCCCUUCCAAGAUACAGAUUAUACAUAUGUCAGUACUGUAGAUGAUUUGAAGAAGAUGACGGCUGUACUAGAAGCAGCAUCGGAGAUUGCUGUAGAUACUGAGCAUCACGACUAUAGAACCUAUCUCGGUCUCGUUUGUUUGAUUCAAAUCUCAACACGAGAACAAGACUUCAUUGUCGACACUCUAGGUCCAUUACGAUCUCAUUUGUACCUUUUGAAUCGCUCAUUCACGAAUCCCAAUAUCGUCAAGGUGUUUCAUGGUGCCGAAUCGGACGUAGUAUGGCUUCAACGUGACUUUGGUGUAUACAUCGUCAACCUAUUCGAUACAUUCCAUGCCUCUCAUGUAUUGGAUAUGCCGUAUCAUUCAUUCCAGUAUCUGCUACAAUUCUAUUGUACUGUCGAAACCGACAAAACUUAUCAAAUGGCUGAUUGGAGAACACGGCCGUUAUCACCUCAAAUGAUCAAAUACGCACGGACAGACACGCACUACCUCCUUUACAUAUGGGAUCGCAUGCGAAACGAACUCUUGACAAAAUCCCCAAUCGGAACACACCAACUCCUAACGGCCGUACUCCGUCGUUCGGAAGCCACAUCCCUCCAAGUCUUUAUAAAACCAUACUAUGACGCUGAAUCCGGUGAAGGAUCUGGAGGAUGGCGUCACGCACUGGGCAAAGCAGGAAACCAAUUGAUGGGUGGAAUGACCAGUGAACAGUUUUGUGUAUUCAAAGCUAUUCAUGCGUGGAGGGAUCAUGUCGCUCGUGUUGAAGAUGAGUCGACGAGAUAUGUGAUGCCGCAUCAUAUGUUGUUGGCGCUGGCUGAUCGUAUGCCUAGUGAGGUUUCGGGGUUGGCUGGGUGUUGUUCUCCUAUGCCUGCGCUUGUGCGGAUGCAUAGUGUGAAGUUGGUUGAGUUGAUUGAAAAUGCUCGUGUUGAGGCUCGACAAAUGGCAAAAUCACGUAUAGAAGAAUCAGAACGUAUUAUAAACGAAGAUGCUCUCAGACGGCAACAAAUCUCACUACACAUCCGAUUCCCGACAGACGAAAACACCAAAGACGAAUCCGAUGACACAACCAUGGAUAUAAUGGUCCCAACACCACCUACACCACUAGUCUCUGUCACAAAAUCUGUCCCCUCCAGUCCUGCAAGUCAUAAAACCCUUACAGGUUUUGGCGGUGUACCACGAACUGUUGCUAUGCCAAUGCUGGCUGCUUCGUCCUCCUUGUUUGGUGGUGUUGCUGCUUCUGCAUCGGACUUGCUGCAUACUAGUAGUACAAUUAGCAGUAGCAGCAGUAAUAGUAGUGUGAAAGGAAGGUCUGUAAAUGCUGCUUUUGCCGAGCUUACUCAAAAAAAGUCAUUGACUAGUGUAGCUGCUGCUAAACAGUCUGCAUUGUUUUGA